CUCCUUGUGCGGAAGUUGAAGUCCAGUGUGUAGAAACUAGAAAGAAAGGCAGGGAAGAACACACUAACGAUCACUCAAAACUCUCUUCAAACCAAAAUGGUCGACGUGGACCGGAGGAUGACCGGUCUAAACCCGGCCCACAUAGCAGGCCUACGUCGUUUAUCGGCCCGAGCGGCAGCAGCGCCCACUCUCCCAGUCCGCAACGGCGUCGUUUCCUUCGCUUCACUCGCAGACAAGGUCCUAAACCACCUUCGCAACUCGGGGAUACACGUGCAGCACGGCCUCUCCGACGCCGAGUUCGCACGUGCGGAGGCCGAGUUCGGGUUCGCGUUCCCUCCGGACCUCCGCGCCGUCCUCGCGGCGGGGCUCCCCGUCGGUCCGGGAUUCCCGGACUGGCGCUCCGGCGGCGCGCGCCUCCACCUGCGCGCGUCGCUCGACCUUCCGAUCGCCGCGAUUUCGUUCCAGAUCGCGCGGAACGCGCUGUGGUCGAAGUCGUGGGGUCCGCGGCCGUGCGAGCCGGAGAAGGCGCUGCGCUUGGCGCGGAACGCGCUGAAGAGAGCGCCGCUGCUGAUCCCUAUCUUCAACCAUUGCUACAUUCCUUCGAACCCCUCCCUCGCCGGAAACCCUAUCUUCUUCGUCGACGAGAACAGAAUCUUCUGCUGCGGCUUGGAUCUCUCCGAUUUCUUCGAGCGCGAGUCGCUGUUCCGCUGCUCUGAGUCCGAUCCUAUGGUUCUCAAAAAGCAGCGCUCCGUCAGCGAGAAAUCCGCCGGCGUUUCCGCCGCGUUCUCGCGGCGGAGCCUCGACGCCGGCGGGAGGACGCCGCGGUGGGUGGAGUUCUGGACCGACGCCGCGACGGAUAGGCGGAGGAGGAACUCGUCGUCUUCGUCGUCGUCUUCGCCGGAGAGGUUCUUCGAGAUGCGAAAAUCGAAGGUUCCCGGGUGGGUGGAAGAGUACAUAAGUCAAAUCGGGUCGGUUUUGAAAGCGGGCGGGUGGAGCGAAUCGGAUAUAAAGGAAAUGGUUGAGGUUUCAGCUUCUGGAUUCUUCGAAGGGGAAAUGGUGGUUUUGGAUAAUCAAGCGCUUUUGGAUGCUUUGCUUUUGAAAGCGGAUAGGUUUUCGGAUUCCCUCCGAAAAGCUGGCUGGAGCUCCGAAGAGGUUUCCGAAGCUUUGGGUUUCGAUUUCCGACCCGAGAAGGAACGCAAACCGGCUAAGAAGCUCUCGCCUCAACUCGCCCAGAGAAUCGAGAAACUGGCUCAGUCGGUUUCCCGGUCAAGACACCAUACUUCGGAAAGGGAAACUGGAUGAAUUUAUUUACCUACACUUUUUUUAAUUUUAUUUUUAUUUUUUUGGGUGAAAAACGAUGAAGAAUUGGGGAAGCAAACGCGUUGUACUAUGAAACAAAGUGCACAAAAUAGAUCAAAGAGUUUUAAAUUUUACUACAUCUUUUUAUAUAAACGAUACGAUACUCUAAGUUCAUAAUCAAUGAUCAACGGUUGUGUACAGUAAAAUGAAACCUUUUUUAAAUUUUAUUUUUUA